GAGAGAGGCCACUGGAGGCAGCGAGGCCACAGGAGAGUGCUACCCUGCAGAGUGCCCAGUAGGGGCAGCUGCACCACCAAAGGAGUGGCCAGCAGGGCUGAGGCUCUGCCAUCUUGCUUGUGAGCACACCACAGGCAGUGCUCCAUUAAAUUGGACAAAAUGGUUGAUCAUCUCCUGGGUACCUGGAAAUCAACCUCAUGUGAAAACUUUGAUGCAUACAUGAAAGAAUUAGGAGUGGGCUUAGCCACCAGGAAACUGGGCAGGCUAGCAAAACCCAGCAUGACCAUCAGUGCUGACGGUGAUAUGGUAACCAUCAAAACCAAGAGUGCCUUUAAAAAUAAUGAGAUCUCCUUCAAGCUUGGGGAGGCGUUUGAUGAAACCACACCAGAUGACCGGAAAACAAAGAGCAUUGUGACCUUAGAAAAUGGGGCAUUAAAUCAGGUCCAGAACUGGGAUGGCAAAGAGACCGUAAUAAAGAGACAAUUGGUGGAUGGGAAGAUGGUGGUGGAGUGCACCAUGAAUGAUAUCACCUGCACUAGGAUCUAUGAGAAAGCCUGAAGAAACACUCUCAGUACCCUGCUUUAUUAGAAAUUGCAGUACUAUAAAUUUAACUGUUGCAGGUACUUAAUAAAAAACAUGCAGUAAGUUGUUACUGUCUAUUUGCUGGACUCCA